AUGCGGUUCUUCGCUCUGGUUGCCUCUGCUCUUCUCGCCCUGGUGCCUGCUGCUCUGGUUGCAGCUCAGGCUCACGAUACCCCUGAGCUCGGCAUUGUGACCACCUUUCCCAACAACCCGUUCUCCAUCGUCAAGAAUGGUCAGGCCAACACCGUUGUCUUCUCGGUCACCAACCCGCCCAAGGAGGACCGUCUGCUCACGCUCCAGUCCAUCACCGGUGCCUUCCUCAACCCCAAGAAAGAAGACGGUCAGAAGGGUCGUGUGCUGCGUAACAUGACCACCACCACCUUCAAGUCGCGCCCUCUUCGAUCCGUCGGCGGUCGACCCGUCCAGAUCCCCUUCGACUUUGUCCCCGAGUUCAAGCCCCAGGAGCUCUCGGUCGAAUUUAGCCUUUUGGUCAACGACGAGCAGACGGGCAAGAAGCAUCGCAUCCACGCUUACCGCGGCGCAGUGCAGGUGAUCGAGCCUCCCAAGAACUGGUUCGACCUCCAGCUCAUCUCGGUGUACGUCAUUGCCGCCGCUGCCAUCGUUGGUGUCGUCUACUUCCUCUUCACCAGCUACGUCAUUUCGGAGGAGAAAUCUGCUGCUGGCUCCAAGAAGUUCGACAAGCCCGCCGCCGUCCAGCAGGCUGGUCUCCAGGAUGAGUGGAUCCCCGACCACCACCUUCGUGCGCGCAAGGGUAAGGGCAAAGCCGCUGGAGCGCUCAGCAGCGGAGACGACGAGCCUUCGUCGCCCAAGAAGCGUGGCAAGGGCCGCAAAUAA